AUGAAAUCACUAGUUUUACUAGUAGCCUUGUUCGGCAUGAGCUACGCCAUGCGGCAACAAGCCGUUGGAGCUGAAGGCACCCUGUUGUGCGGUGAUAAGCCAGCCGCCAACGUUAGAGUUGCCUUGUGGGAUGAGGAUGAUGGUAAGUUAAAAUACGUAUUUAAAAAGUUAUAUACAUAGAAAAGAUGGAGUUUUUAAUACUGAAGGAUACCGUAGCAAAAAGCAAAAAAAAUUUUUUUAAUUUAUCAAAUUGUUCAAAAAAUUCUGUGCUCCCUCUUAAAGCAAAUUAUUGGGGUCGAGGAGCACAGAACUAUUUGAACAAUUUAAUAAAACCAAUUCUUACAAACGUAUCGUAAUCUUACCGUAUCCUUCCUUUAGUCAAAUAAAACAUUAACCCCAUCCCUUCUAGGCCCAGACCCAGACGACAAGCUAGCCGAAGUAAGAACCGAUGCCAACGGCAACUACAAGCUUCACGGCAGCACACGCGAACUCACCAACAUUGACCCAAGACUGAAGUUCUACCACGACUGUGACGAUGGUAUCAAGCCCGGACAACGAAAAGUCAAACUGGCUAUUCCAAGCCAAUACAUUUUCAGCGGAACUGAACCAAAGAAAUACUUCAAACUCGGCACCUUCAACUUGGAAAGCAAAUUCCACAAGGAAGACCGUGAUCUGAUAUAA